AUGGCAGACAGUAUAAAAGAAGAACCAUCCACAACAUCAUCACCGAUGUCUCAACCAUCACCAUAUCCCAUGUUACUCAUCAGAAUCAUGAGCAAAAGAAGAACUUGGGUAUGUCUCUUUAUAGCUGUAUACACCAUUUUGUUAUCAUUUUCGUGGAAUUUCCUCAAAUCUGUGCUUUCUUGGUAUGAAUCCACCAUAUCAACCUCAAAUUCCCCAUCUGGGUGGCCAGCUUUGUACGCUGCUGUGCUUCUUGGGGCCGUUUUUGGCCUUCUUUCCAUGGCGGCCGCCUUGGCCGUGGCGGUUCCGGCCACCAUGGUGACAUGGAUCUCUGUUCUUGUGUUGUUGACUUUUUGUGGGAAGCCAAGGAGGACUGUGGUGGUGGAGGGGAAGAAAUUGACGGCUGAGAUUUCUGGGUUUGUGGUUAGGAUUUUGAUUAAAGAAGGGAAUAUUGUGGCUGCCCUUUGUGCUGUUUUGGGGUACUUUGCUCUUGUGAGGAAGAACAAAGAUGGUGGUGGGAAUAUUGUGGCUGCCCUUUGUGCUGUUUUGGGGUACUUUGCUCUUGUGAGGAAGAACAAAGAUGGUGGUGGUGAUUUCUGA